CUCAAGAAAAGUGUAAACAAAACCGAAAUCCCAUUUAAAUGACAAACAAUUGAGUGAAUGAAUGAACGCAUGUAUUGAUCGUCCGAAGAGCUGAUCCAUUGGCCGAGACAUGAGAUCCCAUUAUAAAGUGGUGGUAUUGGGCGCCAAACAGUGCGGCAAAACAUCAAUACUGGAUCAAGUGAUCAAUGGAUCCAAACGCAAGUUCAACACCAAUUACGAGCCCACCAUUGAAGACAUCUUCGGCGCUGUCGUCGAGACCGACAGACAGACCAAAGAGAAGAUCUAUUUCAUGGACUUUUGCGGAAUGAGCGCUCCACUCAAUAUCGAUGCCAUCAAAACAUACCUCUCGUUCGCUGACGCGUUUGUCUUAAUUUAUGCCAUCAAUGAUAAGAACUCAUAUGUAAUCGUCGAUCACAUCAAGAAAGCCAUUGAUAGACAUAAAGACAAAAGAGAUAUGCCAAUCGUAACGAUUGGCACAAAAGUGGACAGAUUUCGGGAACGAGAAGUGGAUUUCGAUGAAUCUCAGGGUUGGGCUCAACGGGAAAAGACCCGUCUGUUUGAAGUGACGGCCACUGAACGCAAAUCAUUGAUUGAGCCGUUUGUCUAUUUGGCCUCAAAGCUGAAUCCACCGCAAAAUAAGACAACUUUCCCUCAAUUACACCGAAAAACCAAAGGCGGAAACAUUUUGGGUUCACUUGAGUUAUAGUUAUAUACGAUUUGAUGAAAGGAAACAGCAUUUUGUCAGUAUUUUUAUAUAGAUUUUUAUUAACAUUAGUUACGAAACAAAUCUCAGAUUUAUUGAUACGAAGCAGAAAAUAAUGGUAACAAUUAACACAGUAUUCACCUGUAAUUCGCUGUAAAUAUCAGUUCAAAA